AGGGCGGGGUGGGCGGCGAGAGUGGCGACGACGCGAGGGCGUCCCGCGAAGGUACCGCAGGGUACCGCUCCGGUCAGCGGGCGCCUACGCGACAUACGGGCUGCCUGAGAGGCAAGGAUCACCCAGCGACGACCCCUCGCGAUCGCACGUCAGGCCCAGGAGCACACUUAUCGUAGCCACGGCCACCCUCGGCUGCGGGCGCGAGCACAAGGCGACCCAGUCUGUCCACCGUGACCCCUCGACUCCCGCGCGCAGAUAUAAACUCAGGCUCUCGUCUCACAUUGACAAGGUCCGGCAUCGGUCACGCCAUGUGGUUCCCAGCUGGGUUCCCGAUUACUGUCCUUGGGCUGGCGUCGCAGGUACCUCUGGAGCCCCUUCUCGAGACACCUCAGGCAGCCAUGUCCACCGCAUACACCACUGAUUUCGCCUUCAAGGAGGGCAACAGCGUCUUCACGCCCAACGAUUUGGUCGAGCUGGUGAGGCCUGGGACUGGGCUCGCCAACCCCGCCGGUGACCUCGUCCUCGUCCCUGUUAGCCAGUACUCCAGGAGCGAUAGGAAGAACACCAAGUCGAUCCACAUCGCCUCGGUUGAAUCGUCCAUCCAACCCUUUGAGAUCCCCCUCACAAGCAGCGGCGAGGCUUUCUGGCUCGACUCCCGUACAGUUGGACACGCAGUAGCUGAAGGAGAGGAUAAAGACAAGGUCACCACGCUCUACGCCAUCUCCGUCAAGUACGAAGCCGAUUCCUCUGGGGCUCCUCUCAGCGUCCCAGAGGCACCCGUGCUAGUCGGCAAGUUCCCCACAUCCACCGCAUCGAGCUUCAAGUACUCUGCCAAGGCCGGUGUCUUGGUCUUCUCUGACUAUGUACACUCCGAUGGCGUCUUGGAGAACGUGAAGAAACACGACGAGGCCUGGGAGAACAGAGGUGAUACUGCAUACGUCUUCGAUGAGACUUUUGAGAGGCACUGGGAUACCUGGGUUGGGCCAAAGAGGUCCUCGUUGUUCUCCGUCACGCUCUCGCAGUCCCCCGACACAACUUGGGUAUUCGGCUCUGAGUUCGUAAACCUUCUGAAGGGUACUAGUCACACUUGCCCAGUUGAACCGUUCGGGGGUACGGAUGACUUUGAUGUCUCUGAGACGCGCGUCGUCUACACUGCCAAGGACCCCGCUCUGCCGCCGUCAUGGCAUACGAAGCAGAACGUGUAUCUUGUUGACAUCAACGGAGCAGACAAGCCCGUGGAGCUGACGUCUGGCAAGCACGGGGCCACUCACAGCCCGGUGCUCAACAAGCAGGGAGACAAGGCCGCCUGGUUGCAACUAGACAAGGACGGCGCUGAGGCUGACAGGGCUCAGAUUGUCAUUUACGACUUGACGAAACAUGUGAAGUACACGCUCACGAGACACUGGGACCGCUCGCCAGACGCAUUGGCGUUCUCCGAGGACGGCAAGGCGAUCUACUUCACCGCCGGCGACAUCGCCCGCAUCAAAGUCUUCGCCCUCCCAGUCCCACCCACACCCUCCGAGUCCAGCGCGGACCCCAGCCUCCCUGCAGCCUACCGCGAACCGAUCGAGCUCACCUCCAGUGGGGCCGCCUCUGGCGUGCAAGUACUCCCGAACGACCGCCUCCUCUUCACGCGUUCCUCGCUCACGUCGCCGAACGACGUGUACGUCCUGCGCGGGCUCGGCCACCUCGACCUGCUCACGACGGACACACAGUCCCGCAAGGCCAGCGCUGCAAAGGUCGAAGUGGAGCAGCUGACGCGCUUCACGGCGGAUGCGCUGAAGGGCAAGGAACUUGCUGCGGGCGAGGACUUCUGGUUCGAGGGCGCGGAGGGGCAUAAGGUGCAUGGAUGGAUCGUUAAGCCGCCUGGGUUCAAGAAGGGAGAGGACAAGAAGUGGCCGAUCCUCAUGCUCAUUCACGGAGGUCCCCAGGGUGUCUGGGAGGACCAAUGGUCGAAUAGGUGGAACCCGAACAUCUUCGCCCAGCAAGGUUAUUUCAUUAUCGCGAUUAAUCCGACUGGUUCAACCACUUUUGGUCAAAACUUCACCAACGCGAUUUCCGAGCAUUGGGGCGGCAGACCAUUCGAGGACUUGCAGAAAGGCUAUAAAUACAUACUCGACAACUACCCUGAGGUUGACCCAGACAGGGCAGUUGCCGCUGGGGCGAGCUGGGGCGGAUACGCUAUCAACUGGAUCCAGGGGCACCCAGAGUAUGGGUUCGGCUUUAAGGCACUAGUAUGCCAUGACGGCGUUUUCUCCGCCACUUACAACGGGUUCUCCACUGACGAGCUCUUCUUCUUCAACGAAGAGUGGGGAGGCCGCCCGUGGGACGAGCGCGCCAAGAAGAACCUCGCGAAAUACGACGCCGCGAACUUCGCUGACAAGUGGUCCACGCCGAUGCUGAUCAUCCAUGGGAGCAAGGACUACCGGCUCCCCGAAACGGAGGGGAUCAGCGCCUUCCAUGUCUUGCAGCAGCGAGGCGUGCCCAGUCGGCUGGUCAUCUUCCCGGAUGAGAACCAUUGGGUGCUCAACCAUCUGAACAGCUUGAAAUGGCACUACGAAGUGUUCCGGUGGUUCGACAAGUUCUUGAACAAGGAGUAGGGAAACUGAUCGCAGUUUGAAGACACACAAAUCAA